AUGGCGUCUGCUGCGCCGGCUGCCGCGGAGGAAUCCGCGUCGAAAGCGGCGGAGAAUGUCAGUCAGGAUCCAACGGUUAAGAGCGAUUGGGAGGUGACACCGUGGGAUCGACACGCGGGGGUGCUGAAGAUGGCACGAUUCGACUACCGGCGGGAGGAGCUACUCCGAUCCGGAAAUGGUGGCGGGAUUCAAGGGUUUCUGAUCACGUGCGCUUUCCGCCGAGAGAAGAGCGCCACGUCAGAAGCGCUUUCCAUCCUCCCUAAGUACCUGCCUGCAGUGUGUGCGAGCGUGACUGAAGGGGAAGAGCUAGAGGCAGCGGAGGAGGGGAAACACGGAGCUGAUUCGAUUGUGGGGCUUGAAGGGAGUGCUGCGGCCAAGAGACAGAGAGUAGAGACGGGAGAGGAGAGGGGAGAGGAGGGGAAACUGAAGGGGGAAGAGGAGGGGAAAGGGGAGGGGGAGGAGGAGGGGAAAGAGGAAGGGGGAACGAAGGAGGGAGGUAAUGCAGAGCGAAGCACAGUGGAAGAGGGGGAGGAUGGUGCAAAGGAUAAGGAGGAUAAGGCAGCGGCAGAAGAUUGUGAAAAGACAGUUAUGGAGACAGAGGAGGGUAAGGCAAUGAAGGUUAGCAAGGCAGAGCAGGAUGCGAGUGCAGCGGAAGACGCUCUUAAGGCCGGGCUAGGGGCGGUCAAGCUGGGCAGCAUGGGAAUAACUUUUCUGGCGCUGCCCGAGAAGGAAAAUUGUGUGCCGGGCAGCGAGGUGCCCUGCCCUGUGGAUGUUGUCGGGCAGAUUCUGAAGGUCAUCAAUGAGAAGAAGAGGAGCGGCCUCAACUUAUCCCCUCCCUCCCUUUCUCCCUCCCUCCCUCCCCCCCUCCUUCCCUCCCUCCCUCCCUCCCUCCCUCCCUCCCUCCCUCCCUCCCUCCCUCCCUCCCUCCCUCCCUCCCUCCCUCCCUCCCUCCCUCCCUCCCUCCCUCCCUCCCUCCCUCCCUCUCCCUUCCUUCUCCGCUCCCUCCUUCCCUCCUAUUUCUCCCCGUAUCCAUCCUCCAUCUCCAUCCCUUCUUAA